CCUUGUAGUUGAGGACCUUUUCUCCUCGGACGAUCUGUUGGCGCAAUUUCUAGGACUCGCAGCCGCGGUUUGACGCCCGACAGCAUCUGAUUCACAACCUCUCUCUUCCCCCUCUCCCGUAUUUUAACCGAACAGUACGAAGGAGGAGCGACUCUUGUUCGUUCUUAACACCCUCUAAGGCGCAAAAUUAGCCGCGAACGAGAGAAACAAUGAGCGGAGCCGGAGCCGGAGCCGGAGCCGUUGCCGGAGCUGGAGCUGGAGCUGGAGGCCAGCCGGUGUGCGCGCAAGAAGCGCUCGACCUGCUCAAUUGCGUCGCUCAGACCCCUUACGACCACGACAAGUGCGUGCGUCUCUUGAACUCCCUCCGGGAGUGCGUCCUCAAUAAGAAAGUGAAGAAGUUCUCGCUGGCCGAAGAGCCACAAGAUUCGGGCACUAGUAAAAAGAGAGCUUGAUGAUAUUUUCCCGGGAGGUGGCCACCUCAAGGGCAUGCUUUCCAAUGUUUUUGCUAGCGGAAAAACAACCGUGAUGAUCAGCAUCAACUGACUUUGUGGAACAUCUGGGAAAACAUGGUUCAUUGUAUGUUAUUCCUUGUUACAGAUCUCGCCAAGGAAUUGAAUUAUACACUGACGGCUCAGUUCCGAUUGUUGUAUCAUCUGAUGCGAUUCUGCUUAUCUUAUUCCCUCUUUACGCUCUAAUUACAGUAAUAGCACACCGAUGUCAAUGUGUUAAGAAGAGGAGUCUUCUCAUUGUGAAAGAGCCAAAAGGCCAAUAAGAGAAGUCUGGCUCAAUGAUGACA